GAAAAUGCGGACGGAAUUGUGAGCCGAGCAGGCGGUGUUGAUGUUUCAGUAUACGAAAUGUGUGCAACGAAGAAAUUCAACCAUCAAAUUGAAAUUUUCCCAUUAAAAAUUGAUUACAAAAUAAAUGCAGGAAUUUGGUUUCAUUUAGAAAAUUUCCAAUAAUUUCGGUGAUUUGACCUAAAAAUAGCAUUUUAUCCGAUCGAUCGACCAUUUACUCGGAGUGUAAACGAAGCUUCAUGAUUGCGUCGCCAUCUUUGAAAUGAUGUAGAGAGCGCUUGAAGCCGCAAAAAAAUACAAAAAAAAAGCGACAUUCGUCGACUCGGUAAUGGCAUCAUUGUAGCAAUUGUGUUGUUGUGAAUAUUUUUUUUACGUAAAUUUUCACCGAGUAAUUUUUGUACGAGAAAUUCAAAGACAGCGAAUCGAAUAAAUUGUGUAAAAUUCGUGUGAGUUUAUUUUAAAUGAUAAAAUUGAAAAAACGGUGAUUCAAUCAAUGUAAUUAGGUGUAGUUUUCAAUCGAAUGAAUUUCGUCUGUAUAGACACUGCUGCAUACACACAAAGUCUAACGAGAAAACACAACAAGCAAACGAAUAUUCGAGCUCUUCGAGAAAAAGAAAAAAAAAUUCAUAUAAAUAUAAAAACCAGCCAUUUUGUUAUUGUGCACCGAUAAAUUGUACAAAUUGUGUAUUUUAUCGCAUUUAAUUUUGUGUGUGUGAAUUUGAGAAAGAGAGAGAGCGUCGUUAAUCAGCCAAUCGAAAUGGGGCCACCGGCACAAAGUCCAGCUCCAUCUCAAUCGCCUCACAGCCCAUAUCCAUCAAAUCCCACACCUCCAGCACAACAGGCGCCAUCACAACAACAGCAGGUACAGCAGCAACCACAUCAACCACCACAACGGCCGCACGUUCCAGCUCAACAAGGGCAUAUAAUGCAACAGAUGCCAAUGAAUGCACCACCGCAUCAUUUACAACAAAAUGGGCCAUCGCAUCUCGGAUCGGCGCCAAAUCAUAUGCAACAUCAUCCACCAAUGGGACCUCAUGUUCCUCCACACGCUGGAAUGCAAAUGCAGCCCAUGCCUCCAAUGGGCUAUCAAGGACAUCAAAUGCCACCAAACGGGCCACCACUUGGGCCUGCACAGAAUAGCGGCGUUUUACCCGCUCAAGAAAAUCUCAAUGCAUUACAACGCGCCAUUGAUUCAAUGGAGGAAAAAGGUCUUCAAGAGGAUCCAAGAUAUUCUCAAUUGCUUGCACUUCGUGCAACAUCCAAGCAGCAGCAUCUGAAUCAGAAUCAGAUGACAUUACUUCGUGUACAAAUCAUGGCUUAUCGUUCAUUGGCCCGAAAUCAGCCGUUGAGUAAACAGAUCCAAGCAGUUUUGUCCGGAUCACCGGGCUUUGAUAACAAUACAAAUGCUGGAAAUACGAGGCGAUCACCGCCACAAUGUCCAACACCACCAGCCAGCCCAUAUCAGCAGCCACCAUCAGGGCCAAUGCCAAAUCAGCAACCAUCUUCAUUACCAUCGCAUCAACAGCCACCAGCCGCAACGGGUGGUGAACGAAAUGCAAAUGAACCGCGCACCGACGCGAGGAAUGAUCGAUCUGAGAAACCGCCGCCUGCACCAAUUUGUGUGAAACAACGUUUUACCACAGUUGCCAAGCCAGUUGGCAUCGAUCCGAUCACAAUUCUGCAGGAGCGUGAAAAUCGUAUGGCAUCACGAAUUGCCUUACGUAUGGAGGAACUAAGUAAUCUACCCGCAAAUAUGCCAGAGGAUUUGCGUAUCAAAGCUCAAAUUGAAUUACGUGCAUUGCGUGUGUUGAAUUUCCAGCGUCAGCUACGAAGUGAAAUUGUACAGUGUGGCCGUCGUGAUACAACGCUUGAGACAGCCAUCAAUAUAAAAUCGUACAAGCGCACCAAGCGUCAGGGAUUGCGUGAGGCUCGGGCCACCGAAAAAUUGGAGAAACAACAAAAACUCGAAGCCGAACGCAAACGUCGGCAAAAGCAUCAAGAAUUUUUGGCGGCCGUUCUAACCCACUACAAAGAUUUCAAGGAGUAUCAUCGCAACAAUCAGGCACGUUUGGUGCGUGUCAACAAAGCGGUCAUGAAUUAUCAUGCAAAUGCUGAGCGCGAACAGAAGAAGGAACAGGAGCGUAUCGAAAAGGAACGUAUGCGCCGUUUGAUGGCCGAAGAUGAAGAAGGUUAUCGUAAACUUAUCGAUCAGAAGAAAGAUAAGCGUUUGGCAUUCUUGCUGUCGCAAACCGAUGAGUAUAUUAGCAAUUUGACUCAGAUGGUGAAACAGCACAAAGACGAUCAGCAAAAGAAGAAGGAAGAGGACAUUCGACGCAAACGCAAGUAUAAGAAAGAUAUGUUGCAGAGCGGUAACUUUUCCGACAUCGAUGAGAUUUCGGCCGAUGAUUUGCAUGUGAGCGUCGUGAAUCCAGCGACCGGUCAACGAUACUCGGGCGAAGAUGGGCCAUUAUUGCGUGAUCUCCAACGCUGGUUAGAGCAACAUCCAGGUUUCGAAUGGAUUGAUACCGACACCGAAGAUUCGGACAAUGACGAAGAGGUCAAGGAAAAUAUUGAUGAACAACCGAGCCAAGAAAAGGCACAGGAACUCAUCAAAAAGGCCAAAGUCGAAGACGAUGAAUACAAAACGGAGGAGCAAACCUAUUACAGCAUUGCGCACACAGUUCAUGAAAAAGUUACAAAACAAGCCAAAAUUAUGGUCAACGGUCAACUCAAAGAGUAUCAAAUCAAAGGUUUGGAAUGGCUUGUCUCACUUUACAAUAACAAUUUGAACGGUAUCCUGGCCGAUGAGAUGGGUUUGGGUAAAACUAUUCAAACCAUUUCACUGGUCACCUAUUUAAUGGAAGAGAAAAAAGUCAAUGGGCCAUUCUUGGUGAUAGUGCCACUGUCAACACUUUCGAAUUGGGUGUUGGAAUUCGAGAAAUGGGCACCAUCAGUUGUGGUUGUGUCAUACAAAGGCUCACCGGCCGGUCGUCGUCAUAUUCAAAAUCAAAUGCGUGCUACCAAAUUCAACGUAUUGCUCACCACAUACGAAUACGUUAUCAAGGAUAAAUCGGUGCUCGCCAAACUCUCGUGGAAGUACAUGAUCAUCGACGAGGGUCAUCGUAUGAAAAACCAUCAUUGUAAACUGACACAGGUUCUUAACACGCAUUAUAAUGCUCCGUUCCGUUUGUUGCUCACCGGAACACCAUUGCAAAAUAAAUUGCCCGAAUUGUGGGCACUGUUGAACUUCUUGUUGCCAUCGAUUUUCAAGAGUUGCUCCACAUUUGAGCAAUGGUUCAACGCGCCGUUCGCCACCACCGGUGAAAAGGUCGAAUUGAACGAAGAAGAAACCAUUUUGAUUAUUCGUCGUUUGCACAAAGUGUUGCGGCCAUUCUUGUUGCGUCGUCUCAAAAAGGAAGUCGAGUCUCAGUUGCCAGACAAAGUCGAAUACAUUAUCAAAUGCGAAAUGUCAUCGUUACAAAAAGUUCUGUAUCGACACAUGCAAAGCAAGGGUGUUUUACUUACCGAUGGCUCGGAGAAGGGUAGCAAAGGAAAGGGCGGUGCGAAGGCACUCAUGAACACUAUCGUUCAAUUGCGUAAAUUGUGUAACCAUCCGUUCAUGUUCCAGAACAUUGAAGAAAAGUAUUGCGAUCAUAUUGGCGGCCAUGGUGUUGUUAGCGGACCGGAUUUGUUCCGUGUAUCUGGAAAAUUCGAAUUGCUCGAUCGAGUUUUGCCAAAACUCAAAGCCACCAACCAUCGUGUCUUGCUCUUCUGUCAAAUGACACAGUGCAUGACCAUUAUUGAAGAUUACUUGGGCUGGAGAGGUUUUUCGUACCUUCGUUUGGAUGGUACAACCAAGUCGGAAGAUCGAGGUGAUUUGCUCAAAAAAUUCAAUGCCAAAGAAUCGGAUUAUUUCUUGUUCUUGCUGUCAACGCGUGCCGGUGGUUUGGGUUUGAAUUUACAAGCCGCCGAUACAGUCGUCAUUUUCGAUUCGGAUUGGAAUCCGCAUCAAGAUUUACAAGCCCAAGAUCGUGCCCAUCGUAUCGGUCAACGUAAUGAAGUGCGUGUACUCCGUUUGAUGACAGUGAAUUCCGUUGAGGAGCGUAUUUUGGCUGCGGCCCGUUACAAAUUGAACAUGGAUGAAAAGGUCAUUCAGGCCGGUAUGUUCGAUCAGAAGUCGACGGGUAGCGAGCGUCAGCAAUUCUUGCAGAGUAUUUUACAUCAAGACGAAGGUGAUGAAGAAGAGGAAAAUGAAGUGCCCGACGAUGAAAUGAUCAAUUUGAUGAUCUCCCGUUCGGACGAUGAGCUUGAGUUGUUCAAGAAAAUGGAUAUUGAGCGUAAGGAACAUGAUGGCAAUCGCACACGAUUGAUCAGCGAAAAUGAAUUGCCCGAUUGGUUGGUAAAAGAGGACGAUGAAGUCGAUCAGUGGAACUAUGAAGAGAGCGAUACCAUUUUGGGCCGUGGUUCACGACAACGUAAAGAAGUUGAUUACACUGACAGUUUAACUGAAAAAGAUUUCCUUAAGGCGAUCGAUGGUGAAAACGAUUUCGAUGAUUCAAACGGCGAAGAUGAUCGUGAGAAGCGAAAGAAGAACAAGAAGCGAAAGAGUCGUCGCGGUGAAUCCGAUGAUUCCGAUGGUGAUUUACCAUUAAAGCGUAAAAAGGUGCAAGUAGACCCAAAAACUAAGAAGCAAAUGAAUAAGGUGGUGAAGGAAGUGAUUCGAUAUGCCGACGAAACGGGACGCAUUUUAAGCGAACCAUUCAUGAAAUUGCCGUCGCGUCAAAAAUUACCUGAUUACUACGAAAUUAUUAAGAAACCGGUAGACAUUAAGAAGAUAUUGCAACGCAUUGAAGACGGAAAAUACUUUGAUUUUACCGAAUUGGAAAAGGAUUUCGUGCAACUGUGCCAAAAUGCACAGAUUUACAAUGAAGAAGCAUCGCUCAUCUACGAAGAUAGUAUCCAAUUGCAGUCGGUGUUCUUCAAGGCGAAACAAAACUUAUUCAAUUCAUUAACAGCUGCUGAAGAAAAAGUUGGUGGUGAUAAUGGUGGAACUGCCAAUGAUUCCGACGAGAAUGACGACGACGAGUCCGAUGACGGAUCGAAUCCAUCACGAUCCAAAUCAAAGCCCGGCACAUCAUCAAGUUCAUCGAACAACACAAACAGCAGCAAUGCGGCUAGAAAACAGGCACCAACCCGUAGAAAACGCACACAAAAGAAGUAUGCAAUUUCCGAUGACGAUGAUGAUGAUUUAGAUUAAGCUUAGAAUCUAGUUUCAUAUCUCAAUCCCUGUGCUUUGUCUGGGUUCGUAUUGAACUCAUACGGCAUUGAUCAAUCCUGAUGCCCGACGCGGCAUUUUGUUUCAAAGUAAAAGUUUUUAUUUUUCAUUGUAAUCUAUUUAAUUCAAACACAACAACAACAAAAAACACAAUGCAUACAAACCCCUAAUCAACCUUCUCCUAGAAGUAUGGCGACACAAUAUGAAAACAAAAACAGAAAUUGACAUCAACAACAACAACAUCAGCUGUUGAAAGAACAAAGAAUCCUUAUUUAAGCAUUCAACAACUAAAUUUUAUGUGUGUGUAAUUUGUAUUUUCAAAGAAACUUGUGUCAGUGCAGUUUGCACAUACUUUUAGAUGACAUAGACUAUUAAAUAAAAAUACUUAAUAGCAAA